AUGACAAAUGUGCAAAUGCGCACAAAUGCGAUCACCACCAAUGGUCAUUCCACCACCACAGCCCCCACGCAUUCUGAGGAACCGAGCUACUAUGGCAGAUUGAUAGUCUGUCGAAGACGCGCUGGUCUUGGUCACGAUGAAUACGUUCGCCAUUACCGGGAGGUUCACUAUCCUUUAGCAAUUCAGAUGCCAAAUUUGCUGCAUUACGUACAAUUGCCGAUAGAAGCCGCAGAAGAUCCAUCACCUGCUUGGGAUAGCGUCUCUUUGUACGUCUUCCCUACUGCGGAACACUACUACCAGGCCAUGCAGACCGAAUUUGCUUCAAAUCUCGAGGAAGAUUCCGCCUACCUGAUGGAUCAAGUCCAGAUGCAGACAUUCAUAGUAACUGUGACAGGCAAAUAUGUGGCAAGCUUAGGAGGAAAAAGAUGGUCUGCUUCCUCACAAGUAUCCUAA